AUGCCUACUAAGCCUGUGGCCAUUGAAAAUGAGACGCAUCAAGAGCUUUUAAGGAAGAUGAUGAUGCUUUUGCGAGAAAAUGCGGCGAAAGCCAACGAUAGUUCGUCUGCUAAAUCUCCUACCACCAUGAUCACAAAAAAUCCUAUUAAAGCACAAGGUCUAGCAGAAUAUUCCAUUUCCACUCUAUCUGGAACUGCCGCUGAGUCCAUCCAGUCACCUGGAAAAGAUUCAGUGAGCACCCCUCCGCCAUCUUCUACAAAUGACUACAGCCAACCUAAUACGUCCACUGUUUCAGUAAGUUGAAG